AUGGACCCUUUAUCGAUAGCGACAGGUUGCGCCACUCUCAUUUCAACCAUAGGGUCGCUCUCACUGUCCAUCAACUCCUUUGUUCGAACUUGUCGCGAGUCUCGGGGUGAUCUAGACAGGGUGGCCCGUGAGCUGCUCUCUCUACAAACAGUCCUUGGACUUAUCCAGGAAGACGUGACUGAUGAGAGCAAGGUCUUUCCUACGACUCUCGGACGCCAUGUCUCGGGUAUCAUCAUCAAUUGUAAUUCUGUGGUCGUAGAGCUACAAGAGUGUAUCACGAAAUAUGGCGUCGAUAGUCGACUCAAAACCAAGGCUGGUUGGGUCAUCAAUGGACAAGGAGAUGUCGCAAAAUUGCGUUCGAAUCUUGAGGCUCACAAGACGGCAUUAGAGUUAGCUCUAGAUAUGUUGUCGCUGCACAUUACCAAAGAGAUAAAAAACGACACAUCGGAGAUUCGGAAUGAGACAUCGGCGAUAAAAGAUGAUACGACACAAAUUUUGGAAGAAAUACUCCGCCUUCAAAAACGAUUACCGAAGCAAGGAGGAAGCGACUAUAUCCUUCAAAACUUUCUUGAGGAGAUGACGACAUAUACUGAGAAGGCCUUGGACGGCGCAUCCAUCGACGGAGAUUCCAGCACAAAAGCACCGUCGUCUGUCCUUGAGGCAGAAGGAGGAGUCAAGAGGCCUUCUGAUAAUGCUUAUCUCUCAGACUGGGAGUUAGAUUCCGUAGCGAGUGACCCGGUGUCAUUCAAGUUGAAGAAGAAGAGAUGGGAAAAACAACAGCACGAGGAAAAUUUGGCUAAAGCAAAACUGAAAGAUGCCCAACGAUCGCCCCAGUCUCCACAGCAAAAACCGAUCGCUUUCCAUCAUUCAGACUGGGAGAGGUCUUCGGUUGAGAGUGAGACUGAAUGGUGGGAGAAAAAGAACAAAGAACGGCAAGAUCGCAAACGCCAGCUAUAUUCGGGUGGAGUUCAUCGUUUGAUCACCUCAGCCCAUUCUACAUCUUUACGAGAACAUUCACAAGGAACGACUGAAACACAUGAUUCGCAUGGUGCGAGAGUUCCUAAGAAGACAUCUCAGAGCAGCCCAGCAGAAGCCAGUGAUGUCGCCCGGAAACGAUAUUUCAAGCCAGACCCUGCAAAUCAUGAUAGUGAUAAUGAGUACUCUCACGAUUACGAGAAAGAAGAAUCUGAGGUAGCCAACUAUCUCUCAAGAAAAGCAACAAAGUCAGAACGCAUUCCUCUCUCAGCAUCUGCCGCGGUGUCAUCAACACCAGACUUCCACUACUUAGAGGUCGAAACCUUCAAUGGCAGAUUAUUGAUCAACUGGCCCAUGCCAACGGCAGUCACAGAUCUCUUGUCUGAAGAUUACUACAUCGAGUCCUCCUGUAAUAGCUUCACGGCGUUGACGUGUUUAGCACAGGAUUUUCGUUUCCAGAAGGAUACUCUACGACCCAGGCGGUUCCUGAAGCCCAGAGACAUCAAACUUGUCUUCUACAUCCCCGUGACUACUAAAACUACUUCUUCUUGUUUUAAACGCCAGUGGGAAUUCAUCACUACUGCAGUCACUGGAUUGACACGACGUCUAGAACUGGGUGGUGAUGUCCCGCCGCCAUGGCACAACAUCAUCAUCGUCGUUGAGGGACCCCCACGAUGGGACGGAAUUGAUCCUGAGAUUGAGACUAUCCUCACAGAACUUGGUAUACUUUAUAAGACAGAAAACCUAGUAAGCAAAGUCGAUGGCGUUCCACUGGAUCCGCCUUAUCAUAAAGAUCAUUGCAAGGUCUCUGGCAAAAUGAUACAUGGGACGAUACACGAGUAUACAGUACAGCCAACAAUCCGCCCCCAACACGCCUGUACCAAGAACAUCAUGGGUACCGAACCGCUCCAGGUGAUUGCAGUGGCUCCGCAAUUGUCUCUCACAGACUGGGCAUCUCAUAAACCAGCCCUUUCAGCCAACUGGGCAGCAGCCAUUUGCGAGGUCUUGAGGCCAGAGUUCAUAAUGUCUUUGCCAGAACGUCAGAUCAGAGUGAUACCGUCCCCUGGGGAGUUUCUCAAAGGCGUCUGGACCUGUGAAACACGGUUCAGGAUGUCAAAACACAGGCAAAUCAACCAAUGCGUCUUAACCUCUCCAGAUCAGUUCCAAGCGGAUCGUAAGAAGAUGAUCACACAGGCAGAAGGAGCUCGAGGGUUUGCCAGAAGGCUCUUUGGAAAGUCUUGA